AUGCAUGGAUCUGAUAUGGUAUCAUUAUUAAAGAAUUUACAACGUCGAUCAUCGUCUGUGUCCUUACUCAAAUCAUUGUUUUCUACAACGAGUACUGUAAUGUCAUCGUCAUCGACGGCGUUUGAACAAGCAAAAGAUCGUCUAGAAAAAUCAAAUAUUGAUGUAGAUAAUCAAGUAAAAUUAAAAUUGUAUGGUCUUUUUAAACAGUCGACACAAGGCGCGUGUUCAAUACCAAAACCAGGUUUAACUGAUUUUGUUGGUAAAGCCAAGUGGACAGCAUGGUCACAAUUGGAACAGAUGUCCAAAGAAGAUGCGCAAAAACAAUAUGUCCAAGUUGUCAACGAUCUAUUAAAAGACUUACCAACAUCCUCUUCUUCAUCAACAGCACCCGAAGUUUCUUCCUCAAGCGCGAGGCAAACUCAAAAUUCUCCGUCCGAAGAACAUAUUAUAUUAGACAAGAAAUCUGCACGUCAUUGGGAAAUUGUAUUGAAUCGUCAAGAAAAGUUCAAUGCUAUUACUCGUCCGAUGUAUGAGCGUCUUAUCCAGAUAUUUUCUGAAGCUGAAAAAGAUGAACAACUCGUUCUAAUUUCGCUAGUUGGUCGUGGCAGAUUUUAUUCAUCAGGCACAGAUUUAGCUGAUUUUGCUAAAAUGGCCACGUCGACUACAACUGAUUUGAAACAAAGUGUAGAAUUAGGUCAAAAGAUGUUAGAAACAUAUAUUCGGAAAUACAUUGAAUGUUCAAAAAUAUUAGUGGCGUUUAUUAAUGGACCAGCCGUAGGUAUAAGUGUCAGCGUAUUAGGACUCUUUGAUGGCGUCUAUGCUUCGUCAUCUUCUUCCUUCAUUACACCGUUUACUCGUACUGCCCAAUCAGCUGAGGGUUGUUCAUCGUACACAUUUCCUCGUUUGAUGGGUUCUUUACAUGCAAAAGAAAUGUUACUAUUUGAUCGAAAACUCACUGCACAAGAAGCGUAUGAGCGUGGUCUUGUAACAAAAGUUAUUGAUGAAUCAUCCUUUGAUCAAGAAAAACAAAAAAUUUGUGAACAUAUUUUGUCUUUACCAAGAGGAUCAUUGCUACAAUCGAAAAAACUCAUACAACAAUGGAAUAUAGAGACAUUGGUUAAAGUAAAUGAACAAGAAGUAGAAACAUUAAAGCAAAGAUGGUUAACAGAAGAAUUUGUUCAAGCAAUGAUGGAAUUUAUGAGAUCAAGAAAAAAAUCAAAAUUAUAA